AUGUUUUCCAUAUCGGAGCUUUCUCUUCAUGUCUUUGACGGAUGGUUAGAAAAGCUUAAGCUUGUUCAUAUUGAAUAUGAUUUAAAACAUGAUCAGAGUAUUAAAUUGAUGUUUAAAAUAGAAAAAGUCUUAUUCGCCCUAAAGAUAAACUUAUUGAUUGAGGGUUGUGUGCUUUCUCAUAAGCCGAUAUCAAAUGUUAACUGA